CCAGCAGUCCCAGUCGCAAUUAACAUCACAUCAUCACAACAAUGUGCUCUUCCAAAGACACCCCCCAAGAAUCGGUCCCCGAGUAUCUCAAACACUCCCAUGAGCGGGUGUUUGAGAACAACCGGGCGUGGGUGGCCGCCAAGAAGCAGGAAGAUCCCGCUUUCUUCGAGAAACUCAACGCUGGCCAGACCCCGGAAUAUUUAUAUAUUGGCUGCAGUGACAGUCGCGUUCCCGCCAAUGAGAUCAUGGGGUUGGAGGCCGGGGAGGUGUUUGUUCACCGCAACAUUGCCAACCUGGUCCCCAACACCGAUCUCAACGUCAUGUCCGUCAUCAACUACGCCGUUCGUCACCUCCACGUCAAACACAUUGUCGUCUGCGGCCACUACCAGUGCGGCGGCGUCAAGGCCGCCAUGAGCCCCUCCGACCUGGGCCUGCUCAACCCUUGGUUACGCAACAUAAGGGAUGUCUACCGUCUGCACGAGCGCGAGCUGGAUGAAAUCAAGGAUGAGACCGCCCGCUACAAGCGCCUCAUCGAGUUGAAUGUCGUCGAGUCGUGCCGCAAUAUCAUCAAGACUGCCGCCGUGCAGCAGAGCUUCCACGAGCACCAGUUCCCCGUCGUGCAUGGCUGGAUCUUUGACAUGGAGACCGGCCUGCUCCGAGACUUGGAGAUUGACUUUGAGGAGACGCUGCGGGACAUCAAGAAGAUCUAUAACUUGGCGCCGGUCUGAGGAACAGCCGGGUGCAUCAUUAGAAAAUAUGUUACCCCAAUGCAAGAACUAUUCAAUU